CUCUCUAGUCUCACUCCGUGUCUCUCUCCAUCAGCAGCGGUCUGGAUGCUUGCAGGGACAGAAACAUGGCUGUGAAUCUCGGCAAGAACAGACUGGAGCUGCUGACCGCCUACCAGGACGUCAUCGACGAGACCUCGGACACCGACUGGGCCUUGUACACAUAUGAGGAUGACAGCAAUGAUUUGAAACUGGCAUCAUCAGGCGGAGGAGGUCUGGCAGAGAUCACACUGACCUUUGACAGUGCCAGGGUGAUGUACGGCUUCUGCAGCCUGAAGGAGCCCGCCGCCACUCUGCCACGAUACAUCCUCAUCAACUGGGUCGGGGAGGACGUGCCGGAUGCCAGGAAGUGUGCCUGUGCCAGCCACGUCGCCACAAUCGCAGACUUCUUACAGGUCAGACCCUCCAUGGGGGUGGAGGUCACCGUCAACGCCAGCAGUCUGGACGACAUCGACCCAUCAGCCAUCGGGCAGCGGCUGACCAACGGCACGGUGGUGGUGGUGGCGAGUCCGGUUCUGAGCCGCCUGAAAACCCGAGAGGAAGAGCACGCAGACGUGGGCACAGUGUACGAGAAGACCAAUGCAGAGGUGGAGAUGAAGAAAAUCAAUAGGGAGGAGUUUUGGGAGCAGGCCAAGCGUGAAGAGGAGGUGAGGAAGGAGGAGGAGAAGAAGAAGGUAGCGGAGGAGCGCCAGCGCUUCGACGAGGAGCGAAUGGAGCUGGAGAGGAAAGAGCAGGAGAGCCGAGAGCAGAGGUACCGCGAGAGGGAGAGGCAGAUCGAGGAGCACAGGAAGAAGUUGCUGGAGGAGGAAGAGUCCAAAGAGAGGUUGCGGAGCCAGACCACCAUAGCAGCAGAGCCGAGCCUCGACGACCUCAACCUGGAUAAGAAGGAGACUGAGGUGGAGGAGGCGAAGGCCAUCAUCGCUCAGCGGUCAGAAAACCCUCGAGAGUUUUUCAAGCUGAAGGAGAGAGCCAUGACCAUCAGCGUCGACACCUCACCCGUCUCCAUCCACAGGACUGGCCGCUUGGACAGCCCGUUCUUGAAGCAGCAGCACAGUCCCAGCAGCCCCAGUCCGACUCCCCCAUCCCGGGGCCUGUCGCCCCUCCGCACCCCGCCACACAAACGGACGCAGCCCGCCGCUGCAGCCGGGGACGAUGACGAUGACGAUGAAGCAAGCACAGAGCGCAACAUGGCCGCCGUGUCGCCCAUUCCUAAAAUAGUCACCCCGUCCAUCAAAGAGGACUUGUGCAGGGAGGAUGAGGAGGAGGACUGCACAGACGAGUGGGAUUCGGUGCCAAAACAGGAGCAGAAACCGUCGGCGCAGGAGUCGACACCCACCAAGCCCGUGCAGAGCGUCGCCCCGCAGGCCCGCGACUCCUCCGGCUUCUCUGUGUGGGAGUCCGGGACGGACAGCCUUGUCAACCUGUGGGACAGCAACUCCGACCUUCCCCCCAACCACUCCCAGACCUCCCAGUCCUCCAAUCUGGUGGACCUGAUGGGUGACGUUGGUGUUCCACCCGGCACUAGCGGCAAGCCUCAGCCCCUCCUCAGCUUCGACGAGAUGAUGGACGGGACCUACUGCUCGGCCACCGGCGCCGAGGACGACCCCGCCAGUCUUGUGGACGUGAUGGGCUCCGACCAGAUGACCCUCAGCUACCAGCAUGCACUGCAGCAUGCAUCCGGGGAAAAGAAGGAGCUGGUCGAUGGACAGCGGCUGAUGACCAAUGGGGAGACGCUGCUGAAAGAAGGGACUCAGGCGAGUGAGGGCUACUUCAGCCAAUCACAGGAGGAAGAAUUUGGCCAAUCAGAAGAGUCCUCGGCCAAACCUGCGCCUGUCUUUUAUAACAAGCCACCAGAGAUUGACAUUACGUGCUGGGACACGGACCCCGUGGUCGACGAUGAUGAUGACUAACCAGCCAAUCAGACACCACCACAGGACCAAGAGGAAGUAGGAAGUGCGCUUCAUGAAGAAACUGUUUUUUUUUCUUUUUCUAAAAAACAAAACACAAACAAACAAAAAAAAAGUAACAAUAAUAACGAAUCUUGCAUCAAAAUUACUUCUGUAUUAUCUUUUAGAGGAAAACAAAACAGUAGCCAACAGAAGAAGAAGAAAGACGGGGUUUGAGUUAUCUUUAAAGAUGGUUUGAAGGCUCAGUUAUGGGCUUUUUUCUGUGUUUGUUAUUUUAUUUAUUUGUUUUUUUUUCUUUUUUCUUUGCUAUGCAGAUGUAAUAGCUGGGAAUGGGGAGGGGGGGGACUUUUAUUUUGUGUACAUGAUUUAUUACACGUUAACGUAGCGCACUGCUGCAUAUUAGAGACAAUGGAGCCCAGUGUGUGACAGGCAGCCGACACACACCUAGUCUGUAGAGCUUUAAUAACACCCUAUAAAACUAAUACAGUGGAUCAUUACAGCUGCCAUGUAUAUCUUCACUCUCUGAUUCUUUUCUUACCUCUUUUUCACCUCCCUCCUCCCUGCUGCCUUCCUCCAAAAAUAUCCAGAAAUAUUCACCCCUGCAAGUCAGUUAAUCUUGUAUUUAGCCCUCACUUUAAUCAGAAACAGGUGAAACAUGUUAUUUAUUGUGGUGUAUCUGAACAGCUGAUGUAACCCUGAAGAAAUCUAUUCAGUCAAAUCGUGGCUCCGUUUUUCUUUCUUUUUUUUGCUCCUUUUGUAUGAUUUUAAGACUGAAUUCAAGAUUAAAUGGCUUGUAAAUCUGGUUGCUUUUUUUUCGGUGCACUUUUAUUUCCGUUUCUGCCUCCUCGUAGGUCAACUGCAGCUUCUCAAUCAAACCUUCCCCUCUGGUUCUAUAAAAAUCAUCCUUUUUAUCCCACUUAUAUAUUUACACAGCAAAAGAAAAAAGCUCUUCAUCUAAUCUAGAUGAAUAUAAUGUAGAUAUUUUUCCAGUUUUGUAGGAGAGUUUGGCUUUAAGAUAAUGAACACAUUCAGCUUGUGCACAGCAGGAAAACAAAAAAGCAAUGAAUCCUUUGUAUGAUUCUUCUGAACUUUCUCCAAAAGAUAAAAAUAGGACUUUUUCACCAGGCCCUUCAUGAUGUGGGCAUUUUUGGACCGCAGUGAGCACAGCUCCUGUUCAGAGUUGAGGAGGUUUGGGAGGCAGGACGCCUGCCUUUUUCCUAAUUUUUCAAAAGAACAAUGUUUUAAUGUUAUUUUCUGGCGGUUAGGCCUUAUUGUUCCACUCAGACUGAGGCUGAGUUCGAUGCUGGAUGACAGAGGGAGGGUGGGAUGAAACAGCUGGAAGCAAACUUGGGCCACACGGUGUUUGCAAAUAUUAUUUUCAUGACUUUGUUUUAAUCUGCAUGGAGAACCAGAUGUUCAUGAUUGAUCACAGCGCUACUGUCCUGAUUUGAUCGUGUCAAGUAAGCUGUCAAA